AUGGGCUCGAUAGCGCAACAGACCCCCCAGGGGGAGGCGGCCGGGCCGCUGGCAGGCAAGGUGUUCGCCAUCACGGGCGGCGCGAGCGGGAUCGGGCUGGCGACGGCGCAGAUCCUGUCGCGGCGCGGGGCGACGAUGUGCAUCGCCGACGUGGACGCGGACGCGCUGGCGGCCGCCGACAAGCAAUUCUCUAGCUCCGGCGCCGGCGCGAGGUACGCCUCGGCGCGGGUCGACAUCUCGCGGCGCGCCGAGGUGGACGGCUGGGUCGAGGGGAUAUUCGCGCGCUUCGGCCGGCUGGACGGCGCGGCCAACGUGGCGGGCGUUAUCGGGCGCGUGCACGGCAAGACGGCCGUGGCGGACAUGGACGACGCCGAGUGGGACCGCAUCCUGGCCGUCAACGUCACGGGCACCAUGUACUGCAUGCGCGCGCAGCUGCGGAGGAUGGCGGACCGCGGGUCCAUUGUCAACGUGGCGUCCAUUCACGGGCUGAAGGGCUUCGCCUACCACGCCGCCUACGACGCCAGCAAGCACGCCGUCAUCGGGCUGACAAAGGCGGCGGCGCUCGAGGUGGGCGACCGCGAGAUCCGCAUCAACGCCGUCGCGCCCGGCGCCAUCUACACGCCCCUGAUGCAGAAGAACUGGGACCUGACGGGCAGGCCAGCCGACGCGCCCUUUGACGACCCGACCGCCUUCAAGCGCCAGGGCUCGGCCGAGGAGGUCGGCAACGUCAUGGCCUUCCUGCUCGGGCCCGAGAGCACGUUUGUCAGCGGGAGCGUGUACUCGGUCGACGGCGCGUGGCUAUGA